AUGGCUCUUCCCGAAUCUGACCAGAUUGAGGUGUCGGAGAAGCGUGUUGAGCCUGGGUCCAUCACCCACACACCUAGCGAUUCGCUCGCCCCUAGUGCUAACGGAGUUCCCGAUGCCGUACCCGCCGACGUCUCUUCUGGCAACACUGCGGUCGAUGGCACUUCCUCUGAGAACACCGUGGUCGAUGAUACCUCCCCUGACAACACCGUGGUUGACGAUACUUCCUCUGGCAACACUGCGGUCAAUGAUACUUCCUCUGACGACACUGCGGUUGACGAUACUUCCUCUAACAACACUGUGAUCGAAGAUACUUUCUCUGACGAGGACUCAUCUAGCGACCACGCAACCAUCGGAAGCCCGCCUCCGCCUUCUGUUCCACUCCAUGGUCCAAACGACGACGACAAUGGCAACGGCCAGAUGCAAGGCGGGGAAGAGAAGAAUGAUUAUAUCAACAGUCAAAUUCAAGCCGGGGAUAGUAGUGACCAUGCCAACAACGAGAUACAAGACGGGGGAGGGAGCAAUAGCCAGGUCAAGAGUCAAAUACAAGACGGGGAAGGGAGCAAUAGUCAGGCCAACAGUCCAAUACAAGACGGGGAAGGGGGGAAUGGCCAUGCCAAUAGUCAAAUACAAGACGGGAAGGGGAGGAAUAACCAGGCCACCACCUCCGACGGGCACCGAGGGCGAACCACAACUCCGGCCCUCUCCGGCUGGACACCUACUGUCAUCUUCCAAGACAUGACGGUCGAGCGCGAGGAAGAGAUAGAGCGAUGGCUCCGCCGUAUUGAAGACAGUGCCAAGGGGAAACCGUUACGAUUUGCUUGUCGCGCGAAGAACCCGGGUACGAGGGCUCAGAGAAUAAGCCUGAAGAUGGGAAGCAUGCGGGCGUGA